AAUUAAUAGGCCAGGUUUCAUUUCCUCUUUCUAUGGACACUACACUGGCGUCAGAAGACCCAAGACAGACCUAAUGAGGGUUAGUUCUCAUCAAGAAACCUCACAAAUAGCUCUAGCCAAAUAACAACCUCAAAAUCAUCUCGAAAUCACUUCCCGCUAGUGUCCUCUCCGUCAUCGUUGGGUGUGUGCUCACUGCCAAUUUCUCCAGUAGUCGCCUCUGUGGUUUUUUCGCCUGAAGCGGCAGUAUUGUCCACAAGUCCUUCAGCAUUUCCUGCUUCCUGAACUUCCACAUUCUCUCCAGAGGAAGCAUCACCAUGCUCGCUGCCACCACCUCCACCUUCGGUAUUCUCAGCAGCCUCAUCCUCGAUCUUUCGGUCUUCCGCAUUCUUUUCAGCCUCGUCAGUGCUCUCCUUUCCACCGACGCCUUCGGUAUUCUCAGCGGUCUCGUUCUUUGCUGCUCCAUUCUCAGCUUCUUCCAUAUUUUCAACAUCACUACCCUCUACACUUCUCUUCCCUGAUGCUUCUUCUCCACCAGUAGCAUUUCUAGUCUCGCCUUCCCUACCACCCUCCUCAAUAGCACUAUCCUCCCCAGCAACGGCACCGUCAGACCCCUCUAAAUC